UUCUGCAUACAACAUUUUGUUCCAACAGAGACAAAUAUGGCAGCCAAGAGGACAUUAUGGAGCUCAUUGGCUAUCAUCGUGGCCAUGCUCAUGGAAUUCGCCAUGGCAGCAAACUACACGGUUGGAGCUCCAAAUGGCGGUUGGGAUACCUCCACCCAGCUGCAAGUUUGGGCAUCAUCACAAUCCUUCUUGGUUGGAGACAAUCUCAUUUUCCAAUACGAUUCAACAAAUCAUGAUGUGGUUGAGGUCAGAAAAUCAGACUAUGAUUCCUGCCAGCCAAACAACCCAAUUCAAACUUACAAUGAUGGAACAACUUCCAUCACUCUGUCAUCUCCAGGAAAGAGGUACUUCAUCUGUGGAACACUGGGACAUUGUGGCCAAGGAAUGAAGCUCGAAAUCGAUACUCUUGCAACUUCUCCUUCUCCUUCUCCUACUCCUUCUUCUUCUCCUUUUUCUCCACCAGAAGCUUCUCCUUCAAUCCCACCUUCUUCUUCCUUGACUCCUUCGCUGUCUCCAGGAAGUCCUGCUUAUUCUUCAUCACCAGAAUCUGAGCCCACCACAGAGCUCCCUCCAUUGUCAUCCCCUGUUGUUCCUUCAACUGGGUCUUCACCAGAUCCUUCUGCUUCCUCUUCAGUUAGCUACAAGGGCAGUUUCAUAGCUGCUAGUCUCACAGUGGGGUUCUGCUUCAUUGUUAUGAUGAUUCUAGACUUGCAAAGCUUUUGAACAAGAUUGUUUGCGGGAAAUAUUGCUAUUGUUAUAUUAUUUCUGACAAUUUUCUUCUGAGUUCUGCUUUUCUAAUUUGUUUAUUCUG